AGUGGGCAACAUUUUAUUUAAUUUAACUUGUAAAACAAAAGUAAAUUGACUGCUGAAAAACGUCAAUUUAAUUAAAAGUGACAAAGUAAUUUAGUUGAUUUAAUUGUGAAUCGAUAGUUGUUGAAUCAAAACCAGAGAGGUAAAUUCAAAAUGGGAAUAGAUUAUUACGGAGUUUUGCAGAUUCCGAGAACCAGCACAAACCUAGAAAUCAAAAAGGCUUAUAGAAACUUGGCGUUAGAAUUCAACCCUGAACGUCUGAGGAGUGAGCCCCACUCGCCGAAGAUAUUCGCCCUGUUAGGUGAAGCCUACGACGUUCUAUCAUGUCCCUUAACACGCGCCGUUUUCGACCAGUACGGCGAAGAGGGAUUGAAAAACGGUGUGCCCACCGCCGACGACUUUUUCCCACCCUACCACUACCACGGUGAUCCGAUGAAAACCUACAAGGAUUUCUUCGGUACGCAGUCGCCGUACGCCGACCUGCUGCAGUACUUGGAGAAACCGGCGCCGCAGCUCUACAACCUGAAGGAGGGACAGAGCCUGCGCACGAAACAACCGCCGGUGGUGCACGAUUUGAAGCUGACGCUGCGUGAGAUAUACUUCGGCGGGGUAAAACGCAUGAAGAUCAACAGGUUGCAGUUCACGGACGACGAUCGGUGUCACACUGAGCCGCAGGAGAAGAUCCUGACGAUACCGUUCAAGCCAGGAAUCGAGGCCGGCAGCACCGUGACGUUCGAGGAGGAGGGUGAUCAGUCCGCCACUCACAUUGCCGCGGACAUAAUUUUCGUUAUACAGGAAAGGCCCGACGACCAGUUCACGAGGGAGAAGCACAACUUGAUCAAGACGGUGGACAUUUCUUUGGAGGAGGCGCUUUUGGGUACCGUGGUCACGGUCAAGACGUUGGACAGACGCACCAUUCGAAUACCCAUAACUGAUGUCGUUUCGCCCAAUUAUGAAAAAGUGGUGGAGAACGAAGGAAUGCCAAUACUGGACGAUUAUCCACGAAAAGGCAAUUUGAUAAUACGUUUCAAUGUCCAGUUCCCGUAUUAUUUGCCCAAGUCCAGCAAAGAGGUGCUGCAGCAAGGCUUCCGCCUAGCAAGACUGGGCGGUGGAAUGAAUCAACACGAACUGAUCAACAAGCUGGUGCUGGCCGACAAAAUCCUUCGGGUGGAUCCAGAUGAACAACUCCCACCAAUUUAAUUUUGUUGCCAAUAAUGUUUUCUUCCAUUAUUUAUUAAUAUAUUCCCUCUGAAACUUACCCUUCAUGUAGUUAUUCCUUACAUGGAAUGGUUAAAAGUUAAAAAAAUGAUAGAUAUCAAUAAACAAUAUUUUCUCAUAAUUUAUUAGACGGAAAAUUUUUAAAUGUUUUUGCAAAAAUAUUGCUUCAUAUGUUGUUGAAAUAUACAAUAAUCAAUUUAUUUUUACAUAUGCUGUAAACGAACGAACGCACAGAUUUUCCGUUGAAAGAACAUUUGCCGAUGAGUCCGGUGGUAGCUUUUCGGUGGAAUCAACAACAAAACUUCCAAUUCAAUUUAACAAACAAAAAAUUGAUAGUUCAGUAGAAAUAAUCAAUCAAUCAUUCAAUCAAUCAUGUUACUAGCUAACAAAUUUAAAAAUCCUUAACGAUAGCCGACGAACGAAAUUACAACUGGUUUCUGGGGCAACGACGGAUCCCGAUUAAAUACGGGUGUAAGAGGCGGACAAUCAAAGAAAUCCGUCGACGGGUGAUUUGGGGUUAAUUUAAGGGGGGCGGGGAAAAAGGCAGUGGGGACGACCCGCCAACGGUGCAUGUCCCCGUCCUCCAGUUGCCCCGUUUCAAUCUCAGUCAAGCCUCCACGCAGUCUGGAAGUGAGAGUCCAUGUGUGUGUGUGUGUACAAAGUUACAACUGCUGCUUAUUCAUAUAUAUAUAUAUA